AUGCCGAACCAUCGCCCAUCGAUAUUGUUCCUAACCCAUCCGGAGCUUGGUCAGGCGAAUGUCCACCUCGCGACACUUUACGAACUUCUUCUUACAAGAAAGUACGACCUUCAUGUCGCGAGUUUCCAAGAUAAAAACCUCGACAAGUCAUUGAACUUCAUCGUCGACUUCGCACAUGAGAAUACCACCUCUUCAGUAGUUGCCAAUGGAUCCGCUAACUCAAAGGAAACCGUUAAACGCCACACUGUCGUGGGAGUAUCGAUGCAAGUCAUCCAUCCGGACCCUCGAACUCAAGCCCACUCUCCACGGUUCAAGACAUUCCGAAAGCACUUCAAACCGACGUUCGACGAGCUUUUGAACCACCAGGAAGCAGAUGGCUAUGCAGACAGCGUACAGAGUGUGGUCGAAAUCAUUAAGGACGUCCGACCUGCUGUUGCAGUUGUUGAUAGUCUAUUUUGGCAAGGGUUUGAUGCAGUAAGGUUGACAAAACAACCUUAUGUUGUCCUGUGGCCCAAUUUCUUGAAGGAAUGCGUCGGUGGAAUGAUGCCAAAGGUUAAGACUAUGUGGAAGGUUCCAGUUUCCGGCACAGGAUAUUCAUACCCAGUUCCUCUACACCUCAAGCCGGCGAAUAUAUAUAUCUUCUUCACCUUCUUCGCCGCCAUCAAAAACUCGUCGAAACGAAAAGCUAUUGAUAAGCGACGAAAGGCAAUGGGCCUUAAAGGACCCCAUCCAAUCCUCGACCUAGAAGGAGCUCCCCAAAUCACACCUUGUCUUCCAGAAAUCGAUUAUCCCUUCAAAUUCAACGACGAAAUAAUAACCAACUGCGGUCCUAUUAUCUUCCCGUCGAGCAUCAAACCCGACGAUCCGCUUCUAGUCUGGAUCAAACGGGCGCCUACAGUUUUAAUCAACCUUGGCACACAUUGUAAUUUCUAUGAAAAGCAUGCAACAGAGGUAUUACAGGGUAUACGCACAGUUAUCGACAAGUUGCCGAACGUUCAGAUUUUAUGGAAGUGGAAGGAAGUUGAAAGCCAUGCAGAGUUGGUAGAGAAGUUCUUCGGAAAAGAAGAGAGUAGAGUCAAGAUCGUUAGGUGGCUCGAGAACUCGCCGAUGGACUUGUUGAACACAGGUGACAUUGUCUGCAAUGUACAUCAUGGAGGUGCAAAUUCGUUCUAUGAGGCUCUAUGGGCGGGAGUACCCCAUGUCAUCUUACCCAAAUGGUUUGACAACUACGAUAUGGCCGCUCGUGCCGAAUGGCUUGGUGUAGGUGUUUGGGCCUCAAGAAAGACAGCGCCAGAUGAGAAUGCAGAAGAACUAGCCGCAGGAAUAUUAACCGUUCUUGAGGAUAGUCCACGGGCGACUAGUAUCAAGGAGAAGUGUGCAAAAUAUGCAACAAUCACCCAAGCUUCCGGAGGUAGGAAGCAAGCGGCAGAUAAGAUUGGAGAAUAUGCGAGACUGUAUGAGGUUAAAGACUCUACAGAAAACUUAUAA